AUGAAAACUGAGUUUCAUUUAUUCAACUGGACCAACCCUGAAGACUUUUACAAUUUGUCAGUAAAACCCAGAUUUGUAGAAACUGGACCUUACAGAUUUUUGAACACCGAGAAAAAGGUCAAUAUUACUUGGAACGAUAAUGGCACCAUCACUUUUAAAAACGUAAAAUCCUGGUACUACGACAACGAUGGGAACAAUGGCGAUUUAAGGGACAAAAUUGUCACUGUGGACCCUAUUCCUCUCGCCGCCUCUUUCAUUCUACGAAACUGGAACUACUUCGUCAAAAAAGGCCUUUUCUUCACUCUGAAGCCAUUUUUUCGCAAAUUGUACAUAACACGAACCGCUGGUGAGCUCCUUUUCGACGGAUACCCAGAACCCUUGAUCAAACUGUCUAGAGCUGUUCCCCUUUUUAACGACUUUAAUUUUCCCAACUGGGACCGCUUCGGCUGGCUUUACAAUAGAAACGGUUCAGCCGAUUAUGAAGGACUUUUCAAUAUGGGUACAGGUGAUGGCACAACGUUUGGCGAAAUGUUAUCUUGGAAUGGCCAGAAGGACACUCCUGGUAACUCCUGCCCUCGAAUUUAUGGAUCAGCGGGUCAGUUUUUUCCCAAAUAUCUGAAAAAAGACGUCAUUCAGUUUUUUUCGCCGGAUUUUGUUGACUGUCCUUUAAUGCUAGCCAGAUUAUCAUUUAAUGCACGUCCUCGAAGUCUAGUAUCUCGCCACUCUGAAAUUUUCUACAUAGCCUGCCCGAGAACUGAUAUCGCCAAAUUCUCUCCUAUGUCCACUAUGUGUAGGAUCGGGACGAUUUAUCCACAAAUUGAAUGUUAUUGUAAGGGGAAAUGUGUGCCUUCUGGUGCUGCUAAUUUUUCAGAUACCAAAUAUGGUAUUCCUGUGUUUAUAUCCAUGCCCCAUUUUCUCAAAGCCGAUCCUUAUUAUCUCAGCUUGAUUGAUGGUUUGAAACCUGAUGCUAACAUACAUCAGUCUGCUAUGACAGUCGAACCAGUA